ACUCGACUGCAGGUCUGCCGAUCGAAGGCGGACAGUGUAACUCGUUCUAGCUUUCUUUUUUUCCUCCUCAGCAUGCAUGGCUUUUGUUUCUAGGAGAGGGGACAGGGCUGAUGCAGAGGGAAGCACUUACCUUACACACUGUACUUGGGAGCCCUUUGUAAGUGCCCGAGUGCACAGUGUGGCACUCAGUCUGCGAUCUGCAGCUGCAUAGACUAUGUUCAGUCACCACACGGCUGAAUUUACUUUAUAACAGAAGGAAGAGACUGAGAGAGACAGAUCACUGCACUCAGUGGAGAGUGGCUUGUACUAUCCGUGCUGUUUUAACACCUACAGAACCUGGAAAUUAAACUUUUUUUGAAAAAAUUUAAAUGUCUUUUUUUACGCUUCUAGCCUUUUAAAGGCUACACUGGACUGAACUGUCACCGAGGUACUGCACAUCUCAGGAGUGAAUUAUUACUUGCGCUUUUUUUUACUCAGCUCAAACUGCAAAGAGGGGGAGAAAAGAGCUGAGUUUGCUUUAAAGUGAAUCAGAGGACCAAGGAGAGAGGGAGAGAGAAAGAAAGAGCAAGCACUCCGCUCUCCCUCUGUGUGUCUAACUGGGCAGCAUGGUGCAGAAAAUGAGCCACACAGAGAGCACCGCUGAGGCGCUGUCCUUUUUCGCUGGGGAUUCGAGCUCCGACUCCGGGGCGUGCAUGGAUCUGGACCCGGCCGCUUCGCCUCUCUCCCCGGGCUCCACAGCUUCAUCGACCGCCGGGGACAAGCUGGGAGACAACCCGGCAUGGUGCAAAACUCCCAGUGGCCACAUCAAGAGACCCAUGAAUGCGUUCAUGGUGUGGUCGCAGAUCGAGAGGAGGAAGAUCAUGGAGCAGUCUCCGGACAUGCACAACGCUGAGAUCUCCAAGAGGCUGGGGAAGCGGUGGAAGCUGCUCAGAGACAGCGACAAGAUCCCCUUCAUCCGAGAGGCGGAGCGGCUCAGGCUCAAGCACAUGGCGGACUACCCCGACUACAAGUACCGGCCGAGGAAGAAGGUAAAAUCAAGCGCCUCCAAGCCUGGCAGUAACGGAGACAAGGGGGAGAAACUCAACGGUAGCUCUAACAACACCAGCACUAAGACAUCCUCAUCUUCGAGGAAGAAUGGAUCCAAAUCACCCAGCAGCAGCAGACCCCACAAAUCACUUUUCGGGAGCAGCAACAGUAGUAGCACCAAAGCAUCACCGUUUGCCUCUGAGCACCCGUCAGAGCACCAUCACAACUCUCUCUACAAGUCGAAAUCUGUCUCAUCAGCAGCCAAGCAGAUACCGGAUGGCAAGAAGCCCAAGCGGGUGUACGUCUUCGGGAGCAGCGGGGCCAGCUUGAGCGCCAGCCCGGCGUCCUCCGUUGUGGUCCCGGCCAGCCCGACGCUCAGCAACUCGGCGGACUCCAGCGACCCGCUCAGCCUGUACGAGGACGCGGCCAGCGGCAGGGAGGAGGGAGCCGACUCCCCCGGCAGCAGCGGCAGCCUGGGCGGCUCUUCGGAGCGCCACGGCGGGCACACAUACAGCAGUCGGCGGGCUUCCUCGCCUACACCCUCCGGCUCUCACUCCUCCGCCUCGUCCCACUCCUCCUCUUCCUCGGAGGACGAAGAGUUUGAGGACGACUUGCUCGACAUUAACCCGAGCCCCAGCUUUGAUAGCAUGUCACUGGGGAGCUUUGGCUCCUCGGUGCUGGACAGGGACUUGGAUAUGAACUUUGAGUCCGGCUCCGGGGGCUCGCACUUCGAGUUCCCCGACUACUGCACGCCCGAAGUCAGCGAGAUGAUCUCCGGGGACUGGCUGGAGUCCACCAUCUCCAACCUGGUGUUCACGUAUUGAGUGAGCAAAAAAAGGCAAAAGAAAGCGACUAACAGAAACGGGAGCUCCUGGUGCACCGGGCGUAAUAGUUUGUGUAAUAACUACAUCAGACUAAAACCCCACUGAAACUAGCCCCCGUCCCUUCUCGUCCUUGUUAGGCAAGAGCUGCAAAUCCUUGGAAAGCUAAACUUUAAAGCGAAUAACUUGCACCUACUUUUCUUCGGAUGCGUGGACCGGGGACUUGGUUGAACCACAGAAGUGGAGGGAGUGCAAACAAGAGAAGGAGAGACUGACUUGGUUUCAUGGCAGUGGGACGCUCAAUCCUGAACUGUUUUUGAACUGAACAACUUAACUGUGAUCGAUUUGCACGUUAUGCGGUCCGCCGUUCACUUAAUCAAUGUUGUUGCCGAUUUAAAAAAAGGGACAUUUCACAAGUUUUUACCAAUCGCCAAGUGAACUUCACCACUAAAAAGGUACAGAAAUAGGACUGUCGUGCGACAUUUUUUAUUGUGGUGUGUCACCGAGAGGGAUUUUUAAUAAAACCGAGGUGGGUUGAUGUUUUUUAAAAGUCGAAUAUUUUCUCAAAAGCAAAAAACAUGUUAAGCAUGAUAGCCUACUUUUGUUCCUAUCUUGUGCUGAGAUUUUCUGUGAGACUGUCGAGCAGUUUGAAAACUAGUAUUAGGGUUAUUUAAAUGGGUAGGUGGCGCUCGCUUUCGGUUCUUCUCUUUAAAAAAAGGACAUUGAAAUAAUCACCAGCUGUUGUAAUUUUUCAAACUUCAGGAUUCAAACGCAACUUCAAAUCUGUGCUGAACUUUAUACACGUGUUCUCUUUGAUUCAGGACCAAAAUUCUUUCAUUUCAGAUGAUAGCUAUAGAGUAAUCCUCACCGAUUUUUUUCAUCCUCUGAGCUUUGUUUUGUACAUGUAGACAGAUGCCAUUUUAUAUGGGAUGUUGUAUUUAUAUACGGGGCCAAGCAUUUUUGACUUGAUCAUUUUUUUAAUUUCUUGUAGGCCCUAUACAUGAUCUAGUCCUGUUUUCUUUUUCUUACACGGUUGUCUGUCAGUAUGUCUGUGUCUGUCACAUUUCCUUCUCAGGCGAAGGGCUAGAGUUUUAAAAACACACAACGUUUGAUUUCAUUUUAUAUUUAAAUGUACACACUUUUUGGACACUUAAAAGAGAGGAAACAGUUUGAUUAUUUUCUCAGUGUAUUUUUGUACAAAUCUAUAUAGAAAACGAGGGAGUCAACAAUCGGUGUGUGUAGCCUACUAAUACAGCUGUGUUGGAUUUCCUGAUUUUUAGUACACCGGCAGGCUGGUUUUUAUGCUGCCUUCAAGUGCUCAUGGUAAGCUCGUUCUCAUGAGUUAUUGCCUGGUCAAACGCUUUUGUAAGGACAGCCAGCAAGACAGACCAUAUAUCACUGUGGUGCCUAUUGUGUAAUUUUAGAAAUUAAAGGCACCAAGCUACUUUUUUACUAAAGUGACAGAGCAGAGGAGAUAAUAUGAAUCAGGUGUGUAAUUGGUGUUUUACGCGACUAAUUUGGCAAACUUUCUUUGACUUUUACCAGCAAAUACUGACAAGACUCCUUUGACGUCCAAUCCCCAAACAUCCCCUAUUGUCAGUACAGGCACGAGAUACUUCAACACCCACUUAAAAGGAUGUAAAUACGAAUUUUCCGACAGCACUUGAAAGCAGCACCAGUCCUUGUAUCAGCCUACCUUCUACGUUUACAGUGCCAGUCUGCAGGCUCCUUAAAGACACAGGAAUGCAUUAUUUCUAGAGGCUUUUUCCUGUGGACCAUGUGGGUUUAACAGCAUCACUAUCUUAAGCUUUUGCAUUUCCCGUCAGAUAUCUUGCCUAUGACAACAAAUAAGGAGAUUGUAGCUUUAAAUUUGACUUAUUUCUUGAUGUUUUCAUUAAUAGAUGUCAAAUUUGCCAAUCAACCACUGGAUUGAACCGGCUAUCAAUACAGCAAGCAAACAACAAGGAUGAUAACAUCAAGCAUAUUCAAAUUUCUGACUUGAGUUCCGCAACAUCUACUUGUACUGCGUUUCUCAUUGUAUUUGAAUAUAUAAUCUUUUCUACUUGUCGGCUAACUAUUAGCUAAUAAUUGUUUUAGUAUCUUUAUGGCAUGGUGAAUAGCAUUUGUAUUUCAGAUUCAGGUUAUUAGCUGUUGUGUUUUUCAGAAAAAAUGAAAAAAUGAGGAAAAACGAAACGUGAACUCGAUCUUUGUAUAUUUGACUGUAUCAUAAAGCAAAAAGAUUGUGUGUUUAUGUACGUUGUUGCUAUCGAGGACAGGCACUGUCUAGAACUGCUAUCUUUUACACAUCCUUACUUACAUUUAAGGUGGUCAGUUCAGACUCUUUUUUUUUAUAUAUAUAUGAAAGCAUUUUUAAAUAUAUUGACUUUAUUUUUCAUCCAUCCUGUGCAAUAUGCUGUGUAGAAUUAUCAUUUAUUGUCUCUAAUCAUGCCAUAAACAAAGGAACCACCCUUUUUUUGAGAAUCAGAGAAAGGGGGGAACUCAUGCCAGCUAAAUUGUGUCCAUUCACUGCCUGUCAGAUUGUUGAUAUAAACUUGUGUACAGAACUUUUUCAAGGAAGGAAAUAAAUAUCAGCUGGAACUGAAACUCUA